CUGCGGCCUUGAGGGCUUCCUGGUCCUGAGCUCCGCCUCGCCUCCAACUGACCGGACAGCCGAGACACUAAAAGAACAAAAGCCAACAACCCACCGAUUCGAGAGGAAGGUUCAAAUCCCUGCUGACGGUUCACCGAGCGGAGGUUUCUGUUGAUAAACCACAGGAGUUAACUCAGGACUCAACUCUUUACCGAGGCGACAAACUUGUGCCGCCUCGUAUCUUUGUGUCCCGGUGAUCGGCGGAGCUGCGGGAUAAAUAAGACCGGCGGGGUCAAACGGACGGACGGCUUUGUUUCCUCCUGCUCCUCCACCAAAGUUACACCAGAAAACGCGCGGGCAGAAGUGAAGGUGUGGGUUUUCUGUGGACCCUGUUGGGGGGGAAAGCGGUUUUUAUAGAUUAAUCUGGAUGAAGAGGCCUUGCUGAUCAUUUGGGAUUGAGACCUUGGACGUGGAACAGAUUCUGACUGGGAAGGGGUGAAAGAAAUCUGUGGUGAUCCCUCAGAUGGCAAACUACAAGGAACAUAAUGGCAGAACUGGACUAUGGGCCAUAAAUGAGCCCUUUGAAGGCAAAGUAAAAAAGACAGAACUUGAAUUACAGCAUGCAGCUCAGUGCUCACCCAAGGAUGUGUGCGACUGUGCCAGUACAGCUGACGGCAACACAAGUGGGGCUAGUUUCACCACUAAUAACAACUCUGUUGUGUGUCUGCCUCUGGUGUCAGAGGGAUUGAAAUUGGUAUGGACACAGGCUGAUCAGACUCGUGAUCUUGACGGCAUCUCGGAGCUGGUUCAAGCCUUCAACUUGUUUCCAUACCCGUCAUCUCGAGAGGUUAACACCCUGGCACGGAUCUGUGCUUUGCCAUUGGACAAAGUUAAGGUUUGGUUUAUGGUGCAGAGAAUUAAGUAUGGCAUCAGCUGGUCCUCGGAGGAGAUUGAGGAGACGCGACGGAAGCUGUCAGUGCCUGAGCUUUCUGGUGACUGUAAUGAAAGUACAGAGGAGCGCAAGAUGACAAGCAAGAGUAGCAGUUGUGUGGAAUUGGCAAUUAAGGACGAUGGCAGUGAUGUAGAGGCGGAUCUAUCGAGCAUAGCCCCACAGAAAACAACACCAAAGUGUGAAUCACCAGAUUCCUAUAAAUUAACCAAACCCACUGCCCCGUGUUUUAGCACCACUCUCCCUCCUCCUCAGGAUCUAUGUUUUUACCGUCCGCCUGUGGACAUACCAGCAAGUAGUGCAGCUGAUGUCUCAAUUGACCUUUCAAAGUCAUCUUCACAACAGCAACGUCACGGGCGCUACAAAAAGUCUAAAGCUCAGCUUGCUGCUCUCCGCAAUAGCUUUCUUAAAGAGAACUGGCCUGCUGAGGCAGAACUUAGACGUUUGCAGGAAGAAACUGGACUGAGCCGUAAUGACAUUCGGAAAUGGUUCAGCGACAGCCGCUAUCAACUCAGGGUCGGCCGAGGAGCUCUUGCAGCAGCUCAGAGCUAUACCCCCCACACUGGUUCUGGCGGUAAACAUGAUCUACCAAUUCAGCCGGUUUCCCUUAUUACUCAACAAACUCGUCAGCUAAGUGGUGUGAAGGGAUAUGAGGUCGCCCGGAGUAAUGGGAUUAAACAGUCACAUUUCUUUCAGACCUUCUUAUCAAACAGCCUAGAAGCACUGGAUGAAAGAGCACUUGGUGGAGAGGAGGAUGAGGACGAUGCUAUAGAGGUGAUUUCUGGUGAUGGUGACACUUCUAAAGAUGAGAAUGAUUGUGAAGAACAACCAUUACAGUUGACAAAGACCUGCAAUAUUCAGCCAGAUGUUCCACAGCAAUUAUCCAGCAUAAUAAAAUCAACUCCUUGCUCUUCUCCAUCUGGCAGCCCGCCACCGCCGGCUUCACCUAAUAAACAACUUUCAAAUGGUUUAAGCACAUCAAAGAAGUCCACCCACACAGCUAAAGCCAGUUCUUCACAAACACCCGUGUCCACUUCAGGGGCUUCCUCAUCCACAUCCUCUGCCCUCACACCUUCAGGGCGACCACGGAAAACCAAGGAGCAAUUGGGUUUGUUAAAGCAGUACUUUUUACGCUGCCAGUGGCCUAAGAGUGAAGAAUACACCGAACUUGUUAAGAUUACAGGUUUACCACGUGCAGAUGUUAUUCAGUGGUUUGGGGACACACGGUAUGCUGUUAAAAAUGGUCAGCUGCGCUGGGUAAAGGGAGUUCGUGACCAGUUCUUGGCGGAACUUGCAGCCCAGCACAGUAGCAAUGGUUUGACUAACGGAAGUGGCACUGGGUCAACAACUCUGGGUGGGGGUAGCCGUAAACGAAAAUCUCAAGCAAAUGCAACAAGGUCAGACUCUCCUGAUAUCCAACCGCUGGUGUCAUAUUACCAUACAACAGGCUUACUCCAGGAAAAAGAUCUUGACUCGCUAUGCAAAAAAUCAAGAAUGAGCUACCAACAAGUACGAAAUUGGUUUGCUGCUCAGGAAAUUGAAGUGGCUGACCAAAAAUCUAAUGCUAUGAACUGAAGCAUUAAAGUAGAUAUGCAAACACAAAAUUUAAAAAAAGGAUGCCAAGUACAAUGCUGCUUACAUCCCUCACAUCUGAAAACUUUAUUACUUGGGCUUGUGUUGCUUUAAUUAAGGCAGGUUUAUAGUAUAAAAUCUUCCAUGUACAACGCCAAAGUGAGGUGUAUAUAUGUAUUUUGUUUUUUUAAUAUAUGCUGCAUUUCCUGCUUUUCAUAAUAUAUUUGGAUUUGAAUUGUUUGUGUUCCUGUAAAUAGGACAGUAACU